AUGUGCAACCCGACCCAAUGCUCCCACUCACUGCCUCCAUAUCUUGUGAAAAGGCAUCAGUUGUUGAGAGAAAAGCCAGAGGCACUCAGUUCGUAUCCAAAGGGCAAGUGUAGUUAUCGUCCCGGCAGUCAGGGCGUCUCGCAAGGGUUCGCGUUGUCUCGCAUGUCGCCGCCGCCUUGA